UCAAUCAGCUGCCCGCGUUUUUGAUACACAGACAAAAAAGACCAUCACAUCUGAAAAUACGUGAUGCAUUUAGUACAUCCGCACUCACCAUCGCGAAGCGCAGCGAGGCGUGGGAGGGGCUCGAGAAGCGCAGCAGGCAGCUGCGAAGGAGCCUGGGGAAGGGGAAGGCAAAGCAGGCCAACUUCAUCCUGCACUGCAGAGAGAAACAGAGUUCAUCAGAAAUGAACGCAAGCAUCCAUCAAAGUCUCUUGCUGGGUAGAGACGUAAUUUUCUGUCUCACUCACAUUCUUCAGCCCUCUCUUCGAGCUGAGCUCUCAACAACGGACAAAUGAUAGCAGGUAUCUCUCUGCAGCAGACACCAGCUGAUGACCCCUGGGUCAGUUUGGUAUUCCUUCUGGGCCACAUUACUGUCUGGCGAUGGCUACGAAUAGUCGAGCACGAUGGUGGUCGUUGAACUCGAUGUUGUGGGUUGCCAGGCACAGCCACAUGAGAGGAAGAAUCCAGUCAUUCUGAAAGCACAUAUCGUCAUGCUUAUCAUCGGCUGCAGCUCUGUCUCUUUUCUCACUGUACAUCCUUUCCUCUCCUCUCCUCUCUCUCUCUCCGUCUGUGUGUGUGUGUGUGUGUGCGUGUGUGUGUGUACUUCUAUGCGUUGGUGCCGGCUCCUGAUGAGGUAGGUCAUUUCCUCUUGUAGAGCCUUGUGGGCGUGGGCGUGUUCCUCUGCAUCUUCGUCUGCACCUUCGUCUGCUUGGCUGCUCAAAUUGGCCACCACUGCUCAAGCAGAUAAGGCGUCCACAUAUGUGCUUGCAUGUUGUGCAGCGGCUGUAUGGCUAUCUUACCCAGCAGUAUGGCUGCCACGGCCCACCGGGUGAUGUCCUCCUUCGAAUCACGGAGCUCAUGCUCGCCCUGACACACACACACACAUACACACACACAUGCACAGAUACAUACAUACAUGGAUACACGAGGCACAUACACACAGACUGACAGAAACAUGGUCUGUCAAGUUUUGCCUACGGUUCGUAGGAAUCGAACAACAGUGGCCAUGCCCAUGAGGGUCCAUUGGCCGCGAUGACAGACCUCUUGCACCCACGCCAGCUCGGCAUCCAGCGGUCUGCACACACAAAUGACAGAAAAGCGUGAUAGUCUGGUUCGUCUGUCACUCAAUGGCCUUACGACGGCUGGUCUCCAAGCCGAUUUAGCAUGGUUGCCUCCCAAUGACCUGUCCCGGUCUGACGCAGCCAGGAGAAACAGUGAGAAAAGAGAGCGACACUCCACGCUCAAUGGCUGACCAGAUCUAAGUAGGCCUGUCGCGUGACCUUGUCGACAUCCCCCAUCAGCACAGACGCGAUGUAGGCGAGUGGUGCAUGCUGGGCCUCAUCUGUGCACGAGAAAGAUCCUGCAACCAGCACGAAUGGUGUGAUGCACCACUUGUUCUUUCUCUCUUGCCUCGCCCGACAAUCGCCCGCACGUCAUGGAAGCGCCGCGCAGCAAGAAAUGGCCACACCAAGUGGUGCGCCCUCCACCUCCUGAGCCCCGGCAGCAGAUCGCCCUCAGCUGUGCUGGCUCCCGCCCACAUCAGCUCACCCAACGGCACCGAACUAAAGGAACGAAAAGAGGCAUUAGCAGUGCUUCCAUGUACUCGUCCAAGUUGUGCAUACUUGUGCACAUCAGAUGUCAUGAUAUCGACGGCCAGCUGAUAGUUGUCUUCGCGCAGACUGCAGAACACAGAGGGGAGAAUAAGCCCGCGUCAGUGUCAUGACAAUCAGGAUUUCCUCCACUGACGCGGUGCUGAGGCGAAAGCAGUCUCUGAUCACCGGUGGGAGUCUCUUCUGCAGCAACCCCACAUGCGCAGCAUACAAUGUCAUCUGACUAAUUACGAGUGCAUUCAACCGACCAGCAGGUCCUCAUCUUUGCACAAGCUGUCCCUCAUCUUUUCCCAUUGGCCGUUGUUCUCCACGCUGGUCAAGUGAGUGAAAGGCGACCCGUAGAAUUCCCUCAGCAUCAAUGAAUGGAAUGGCUCACCUGUGAGUAGACCGAGAUGUUUGCCUUGUUGGUGGAUGGAACCGCAACGUCACCAAAUAUAAAACGUAGGCAGCAAUUCCGCCUGAAGAGGUACACAGACAGAGCCCCGUGCCUUCCUCUCCUCUCCUCUCCGUCUGUGUGCGUGUGUGUGUGUACUUCUAUGCGUUUGUGCCGGCUCCUGAUGAGAUAGGUUAUUUCCUCUUGUACAGCCUUGUGGGCGUGAGCAUGUUGGUCUGCAUCUUCGUCUGCUUUCCCGCUGAAGAAAUUCUCGCGCUUACCACCACUGCUCGAGCAGAUAAGGCAUCCACACAUGUGCUUGCAUGUUGCUUACCUAGCAGAAUGUCCUCCUCUGAAUCAUGGAGCUCAUGCUCGACCUGACGCACACACACACACACACACGAACAUGCACAGAUACACACAUACAUGGAUACACGAGGGCCAUGCACACAGACUGACAGACACAUGGUCAGUCCACUUUUGCCUACGGUUUGUAGAAAUCCAACAACAGUGUCCAUGCCCAUAAGGCUCCUUUUGCUGCGAUGACAGACCUCCUGCACCCACGCCAAACUCGGCAUCCAGCGAUCUGCACACACAAAUGACAAAAAGCGCGAUAGUCUGCUUCGUCUGUCACUCAAUGGCCUUACGAGAACUGGUCUCCAAGCCAAUUUGGCAUGGCUGCCUCCCAACGACCGGUCCCGGUCUGACGCAGGCAGGAGAAAUAGUGAGAAAAGACAGCGACACCCUACGCUCAAUGGCUGACCAGAUCUAAGUAGGCCUGUCGCGUGGCGUUGUCGACAUCCCCCAUCAGCACAGACGCGAUGUAGGCGAGUGGUGCAUGCUGGGCCUCAUCUGUGCACGAGAAAGAUCCUGCAACCAGCACGAAUGGUGUGAUGCACCACUUGUUCUUUCUCUCUUGCCUCGCCCGACAAUCGCCCGCACGUCCCGGUGCAUAUCCAAGCUUUACCCUGCCGAAUACGACGCACUUGCCGUCGAGAUAUGGGUAUGCUCUGUUUGUGAUGAAGAAUUGGCUGUUGUUCCUGUUUGGCCCUGCGUGUCACACCCACAUACUUCCGAUGAGGUUUGUAUGUCGCUCUUUCGUACCUGUGUUUGACAUGGAGAGUAGAUACCUCCUGUCGUGUGGGAUACGAAAAUUCUCGUCGGGGAAGAAUGGGCCAUAGAUGGAGUCGCCGUUGUCCGGGUCCAU